AUGAGCGCCAAUACCCGCCCAACGCAGCGGAAGCCACCCGCCAAGCAAAUCCUGUUAGCGUGUUCCUGUUCUACCUCUUCGGGCUUUAGUAGCAGCUCCAGCCUGUGCCGCCGCCAGGACAUCGCCAAUCACCAGCGACCCCCGCCCACUUCCGCUCGACCGCCUGCCGCUGCCAUUGUCCUGCUCCCUUCCACCCAUACAGCCGCCCCUCUCAGCAUCCUCACCUACCCAGACUUUUCUGCCGCCUUGCCCCGAAUCCCUAGUCCCUCGAGCCUUUACAGCUUCCGUCUCCCCCACAACGCCACCUCUCAGAACGGUGCAUCCGCAUCCUCACCUCAGUUCUUUCCAUCUCGACUCUGUCGUGGUUCAUCUGCGGCUCUCAACAUUGACACACAUCGCACACAGCGCGGCCCGGAUCAGCUUGGCUCCACUCAUCCCGGCUUGCAAAACCAGCAGACUCAGAGCACACUUCGCCUCCACAACCUUUGA